GGCAAGUAGUAGCCCAGUACAAAAAGUGCUACAGCGCACUGGCGCUCUCUCCCAAUGCAGUGAAUUUGCAAGGAGUUCUGAACACCUCCUCCCCAUCAUAUAGGUGUCUGUUUGUGGGAAAUACAAAUGCACUCAUGAAAUGGCACGAGCUGAGGAGAAGGCAACAGGGCGUAGAGUGACACCAUAUGGGAAGUAGCACCUGAGGCCCAGCCCCUGUAUGGGAUAGCUUUUCUGGAGCAGAGACACACACUGACGAUCACGGCGAGAGUGCAGCCUGUAGUAGCCAAACAUGUUCCACCUGAUCAAAAAAGACAAGGAGAAGUCCGAGAAGGAUGGAGGGAAGAAGGACAAGAAGGACAAGAAGGACAAGAAGGAGAGGAUGUCUGCGGCCGAGCUCAAGAGCCUGGAGGAGAUGGGCAUGAGGCGGGGGUUCUUCAACCUGCACCGGGGCGGCUCCAAGCGCGACUCCAAGGGCAAGCCGGAGAUCUCCAGCCCCAUCCCCAUCAAGGUGGUGGGCAACGCCGAGCUGAGCCUGAGCGGGCCAGACUACGAGCGCGCCCAGAGCCAGAGCUCGGGUCAGAUGAGCGCCAGCAGCUCCAGGGACGACCUGAAGAAGGACGCCUCGCAGGACGCCGCGUCCAGUCGGGCCUCCUCGAUCCGGGACCGGGCGGCCAAGUUCGGGCCCCUGACUAAGCAGAACUCCCAGGUGGGCCAGAUCAUGAAGCGGUUCUCCUUCUCCCAGAGGAGCAAAGAGGAGAGUCCGCCAGAGUCCACUGCUCAGUCGGGUCAGAACUCGGUCGCCGUGUCCCCCCACGUGGAGGACGGAGGGUCCGAGCCUCGCCCUCGACCCAAGGCGCCCAGUCCGCCCCUCCGCAUUCCCGAUGUGGUCGAGAAGACGUUCGCCGCGGACCUGCGGCUUCCGCCGGUGGUGGUCCCGGAGGUUCCUGAACCCCGGGAACUGGAACUCCAGCGCCGCACGACGGGCGACUUUGGCUUCUCGCUGCGCCGCACCACCAUGCUGGACCACCGGCCCGACGGCUCCGUCUACCGGCGCGUGGUCCACUUCGCCGAGCCCGGCUCGGGCAGCAAGGACCUGGCGCUGGGGCUGGUGCCCGGGGACCGGCUGGUGGAGAUCAACGGCCUGAACGUGGAGAGCAAGAACCGCGACGACAUCGUGGAGAUGAUCCGGCAGUCGGGCGACGUGGUGCGCCUCAAGGUGCAGGCCAUGAUGGAGCUGAGGGAGCUGAGCCGCUGCUGGCUCAGGAACAUGGAGGGAGGGGCCAGGGACGCAUGCGAGGUGAAAGCAGCUGCAGCAUCUCGUGGCCCCACUGCCCUGGCAGGAAAAGCCGCAGCCGGGAACACACUGUCUCAGGGCUCUACCCCACAGGUGGCGCCACAGCUAAUCCCUACAGAGGAGAACCACAAACGUCUCAAGGAGGUCCUCACCCUCGAGAAAACUGCCAAUGGUGCUUUGGCUAAGGCGAAGCCGGAAUUGGAUCCCGUGGCCAUCCUGCAGGCCUCUCACCAGGCCGCCACGCAACCUAAGGUGAAGACGGAGCAGCAGAUCGCUGCAGAGAAGGCGUGGUACGGAACUGAGAAAGUGUGGCUCGUCCACAAGGAUGGCUUCUCCCUCGCCACCCUGCUGAAGACGGAGGCUGGCAGUCUGCCAGAGGGGAAGGUGAAGAUCCGUCUGGAGCACGAUGGCUCCCUGCUGGAUGUGGACGAGGAUGACGUGGAGAAGGCCAACCCUCCAUCUCUGGACCGUGUGGAGGACCUGUCCUCGCUGCCCUACCUGAACGAGUCCAGCGUCAUGCACGCGUUGCGGCAGCGUUACGGCGGGAACCUCAUGCACACGUACGCCGGGCCCAACCUCCUGGUCAUCAACCCCGUCACCGCACCCGCCAUGUACUCCGAAAAGGUGAUGCACAUGUUUAAGGGCUGUCGUCGUGAAGACACAGCGCCACACAUCUACGGCGUGGCACAGUCGGCGUACCGCAACCUGUUGACCACGCGCCAGGACCAGUCCAUCGUGCUACUGGGCAAGACGGGCAGCGGCAAGACCACCAACUGCCAGCACCUGGUGCAGUACCUGGUAUCCAUGGCGGGCAGCUCGGGCAAAGCCUACUCUGCGGAGAAGUGGCAGGCGGUCUACACCAUCCUGGAGGCCUUUGGGAACGGCUCCACAGCCAUGAACAGCAACGCUAGUCACUUCUCCCACAUCGCCUUCCUAGACUUCGACCAGGCCGGACAGGUGGCCUCGGCCUCCAUCCAGACGAUGCUAUUGGAGAAGCUGCGUAUCGCCCGGCGACCAGAGGGAACCGCUGAGGGCACCUUUAACGUGUUCUACUACAUGAUGGCUGGAGUAGACGGAUCCCUCAAGACAGAGCUUCACUUUAACCACUUUGCAGAAAGCAGUGCCUUUGGAAUCAUGCCCCAAGCAAAGAGCGAGGACAAGCAGAAGUCAGCGCAGCAGUUCACUAAGCUGCAGGCUGCCAUGAAGGUGCUGGGCAUCUCUGCUGACGAGCAGAAGGCCUUCUGGCUCAUCUUGGGGGCCAUUUAUCACCUGGGAGCCGCUGGCGCCACCAAAGCCGGCCGUAAGCAGUUUGCGCGGCACGAGUGGGCCCAGAAGGCGGCCUACCUGCUGGGGGUGGGUCUGGACGAGCUCUCCUCCUCCAUCUUCAAGCACCAGGCCAAAGGCGCCAACCCGCGCCUCUCCGCCAUCCGCCAGGCCUCCGAGGACGCCGCUGACCCCUCAGGCCUGAAGGUCACAGCGCUGGAGUGUUUAGAGGCCAUGGCAUCGGCUCUGUAUGCUGAACUCUUCACGGUCCUCAUCUCGCUCAUCAACAGAGCGCUCAAGUCCAGUCAGAACUCGCUGUGCUCCAUUCUGAUCGUGGACGUGCCAGGCUUCCAGAACCCCCGGCAGGCCAAGCGGGAGCGAGGCGCCACCUUCGAGGAGCUGUGCCACAACUACGCCCAGGAGCGCCUGCAGAUACUGUUCCACGAGCGCACCUUCGUCAAGGAGCUGGAGAGAUACAAGGAGGAGAACAUCGAGAUCACGUUGGAUGACAUGGAGCCCAGCCCGUCGCUCUCUGUAGCAGCUGUGGACCAAACGUCGAGCCAAGCCCUGGUGCGUACGCUGUCCAGGACGGAUGAGGCUCGUGGUCUGCUGUGGCUGAUGGAGGAGGAGGCUGUGCAGCCCGGGGGCACUGAGGCCUCACUACUGGACCGACUCUUCAGCUACUACGGGCCCGCCGAGGGCCAGACCAAAGGCCACACCGUGCUGCUGAAGAGCGAGCGCCCGCAUCACUUCCUGUUGGGCCACAGCCAUGGCACUGAUUGGGUGGAGUACGACGCCCGCGGCUGGCUGGCGCACGCCAAGCACAACCCUGCCAGCCAGAACGCAGCCGUACUCCUGCAGAACUCUCAGAAGAAGUACAUCAGUGGACUUUUCAUCGGGCGCUCAGCGGGCACCACGGUGCUGGCGGGGUCCAUCGCGGGGCUGGAGGGCGGCUCUCAGCUGGCUCUGCGUCGGGCCACCAGCAUGAGGAAGUCCUUCACCACCGGCGUCGCCGCCGUCAAGAAGAAGUCCCUCUGCAUCCAGAUCAAACUGCAAGUGGACGCCUUGCUGGACACGGUGAAGCGCUCGCGGGUGCACUUCGUGCACUGCCUGCUGCCCAAAGUGGACGCCCUCCAGGGAGCGGAGACCCCAGACUCGGGCCUCAUGCAGCUGGACGUGAGCCUCCUCAGGGCCCAGCUCCGGGGCUCCAAGCUGCUGGACGCCAUGAGGAUCUACCGCCAAGGCUUCCCUGAUCAUAUGGUGUUUGCGGAGUUCCGUCGCAAGUUUGAUGUGUUGGCACCUCACCUGGGCAAGAAGCUGGGCCGCAACUAUAUCGUCAAGGACGAGAAAAGGGCUGCGGAGGAGCUGCUGGAGUCCCUGGAACUGGAGAAGAACAGCUAUCACAUGGGCUUAAGCAGGAUUUUCUUCCGGGCGGGAACGCUGGCUAAGUUGGAGGAGCAGCGGGACGAGCAGACCAGACGCAACAUCACCCUCUUCCAGGCAGCCUGCAGGGGAUACCUGGCCAGACAGGCCUUCAAGAAGAGGAAGAUCCAGGACCUGGCCAUCCGCUGCGUCCAGAAGAACAUCAAGAAGAGCCGCAAUGUGAAGGGCUGGCCGUGGUGGAAGAUGUUCACCAACGUGCGUCCACUCAUCGAGGUGCAGCUGACCGAGGAGCAGAUCAGAGGCAAAGACGACGAGAUCCAGCAAUUGAAGGGGAGGCUUGAGAAGGUGGAGAAGGAGAGGAACGAGCUCCGUCUCAACGGUGACCGACUGGAGAGCAGGAUCACUGAGCUGUCUGCAGAGCUGGCUGAUGAGAGGAACACUGGAGAGUCGGCGUCUCAGAUGCUGGAGACUGAGACGGCAGAGAGACUACGCCUGGAGAAGGACAUGAAGGACAUGCAGUCGAAGUUUGAGGCCAUAAAGAAGCAGAUGGAGGCCAUGGAGAUGGAGGUGAUGGAGGCACGACUGCUGCGGGCGUCAGAGCUCAACGGAGACCUCGACGACGAUGAUGAUGACACCGGAGGAGAGUGGAGGCUGAAGUAUGAGAGAGCGAUCCGUGAGAGUGACUUCACCAAGAAGCGUCUACAGCAGGAGUUUGAUGACAAGCUGGAGACGGAGAAAACAAGCAAGAGGCAGCUGGAGAGGAGGCUGGCAGACCUGCAGGCGGACCAGGACGAGUCUCAGCGCUCGCUGCAGCAGAUGAAGAAGAAGUGCCAGCGGCUGGGCUCUGAGCUGCAGGACACCAAGCUGCACCUGGAGGGACAGCAGAGCCGCAACCACGACCUGGAGAAGAAGCAGCGCAAGUUUGACGUGGAGCAGAGCCAUACUCAUGACGAGGUCCAGCGGGAGCGGACGAUGCGGGACAAACUGAGCCGAGAGAAGGACAUGCUGACCGGUGAGGUCUUCACACUUCGCCAGCAGCUCCAGGAUAAGGACAUGGAGCUGUGUGCGACCAGUCUGAAGGUGGAGCAGCUGGAGGCGGAGCUGCAGGACCUGACGUCCCAGGAGUCCAAGGACGAGGCCUCGCUGGCCAAGAUCAAGAAACAGCUGCGUGACCUUGAGGCCAAGGUCAAGGACCAGGAGGAGGAGCUGGACGAACAGGCCGGCACCAUCCAGAUGCUCGAGCAGGCUAAGCUGCGUUUGGAGAUGGAGAUGGAGAGGCUGCGCCAGCAGCACUCUAAAGAGAUUGAGGGCAAGGAUGAGGAGGUGGAGGAGAUCCGCCAGUCCUGCAGUAAGAAGCUGAAGCAGAUGGAGGUUCAGCUGGAGGAGGAGUACGACGACAAGCAGAAGGUGCUGAGGGAACGCAGAGACCUGGAGGCCAAGCUGAUCAAUGCCCAGGACCAGGUGAGCCACAGAGACGUGGAGACGGAGAAGCGCCUCAAGAAGGACCUGAAGCGCACCAAGGUGCUGCUGGCCGACGCCCAGAUCAUGCUGGACCACCUGAAGAACAACGCCCCCAGCAAGAGGGAGAUCUCCCAGCUCAAGAACCAGCUGGAGGAGUCGGAGUUCACGUGUGCAGCUGCAGUCAAGGCCCGCAAGUCCAUGGAGCUGGAGAUCGAGGACCUGCACAUCCAGAUGGAGGACAUCUCCAAGUCCAAGAUGUCGCUGGAUGAACAGUUGAGUCGUCUGCAGAAGGACAAGAACGACCUGCAGUCGCGUCAGGAGGAGGACCAGGAGGAGAUGAACGAGCUCAUGAAGAAGCACAAGGCCGCCGUCGCUCAGUCUGCGCGGGACCUGGCCCAGAUCAGUGACCUGCAGGCUCAGAUGGAGGAGCUCAUGAAGGAGAAGCAGGAGAUCCAGGAGAAGGUGCAGUCCCUGCAGAGCCAGCUGGAGUUCCAGGAGCAGUCGAUGGUGGAGAAGUCUCUGGUCAGCCGGCAGGAGGCCAAGAUCCGCGAGCUGGACACCAAGCUGGAGUACGAGCGCACGCAGAUCAAGCGCCUGGAGGGCCUGGUGACGCGUCUAAAGGAGAACCUGGAGAAGGUGGUGGAGGAACGUGACCACCGGGUGGCCGGGGAAAACCGGGAGAAGGAACAGAACAAGCGCAUGCAGCGGCAGGUGCGCGACCUGAAGGAGGAGAUGGCCGAGCUGUCCAAGAAAGAAGGCGAGGCCAGCCGCAAGAAGCACGAACUGGAAAUGGACAUUGAGAGUCUAGAGGCAGCCAAUCAGAGCCUUCAGGCUGACCUUAAGUUGGCCUUCAAGAGGAUCGGAGACCUGCAGGCCGCCAUUGAGGACGACAUGGCGAGCGACGAUAACGAUGACCUCAUCAGCAGUUUACAAGACAUGGUGACAAAGUAUCAGAAAAGAAAGAACAAAACCGGAGAUGACUCCGACAUGGACUCGGAGGUGGAGGACCGCGUGGACGGGGUGAAGUCGUGGCUGUCCAAGAAUAAAGGCUCCACCAAGACCCUGUCGGACGAGGGCAGUCUGAAGGGCUCCAGAUAUGCUGUUAAUGUGGACGCUAAGGAAGGGAAAGAGGGGCUGGAGGGGAAGGAGCCCGUGAAGGAGGCCAAAGAGCCGGAGCGCUCGGCCACCGCCAUGAGCUCCCUGAGCUACAGGAAGCGCUCCAACCUCAAGGACUCCAUCGGGGGCACGGGCGACGAGAGCUCCCUCUUCAGCACCCUGAAGGACCAGUCGGACACCAUUGACCGCUCCUCGCUGCGCAAGGCCAAGUCCAAGGCAGACAAGCCCGGCGACGACAUGGACGACCGAGGCUCGGUCAUCUCGCAGGCGUACUCGGAGGCCACCAGCCGCGCCAGGAAGGGCCUGGACCGGCGCUGGACGUCGGCGCGCAGCAGCCCGGAGUUGGACAAGGAGUCCAGCCUGUCGUCGCUGGGGCCCAGCCGCAUGUCGUCGCGCCGCGGGAUGGACCCGGGCGACUUCGACGACGACGACGACGUCAAGUCCAGCGUGAGCGGCUACAGCGCGCGGCGGAGCGGCUCGUGGAUGGACGAGAGCCCCACGCUGAGCCGCAGGGCGGGAGGAGGAGGAGGAGGAUCGCGCAGCCCCGGGAGCGUCAGCCGCGCCGACUCCCGCAUCUCCCUGGCGCGCAGCAGCCGCCUGAGCGAGUUCGGCCUGCGGCUGGACGACGACGAGGACGACGAGCGCAUGAGCGUGGCCUACAGCGAGGGGGGCGUGUCCUCCGUGCGCUCGCUGGGACGCAGCCUGUCCACGCCGGACGCCUCCUCCUCGGCGGCCGUGGGCGACCUCGGCGACGUCAAGUCCGUCGGCCACCGCAACUACCUGGACCCCGACCUGGAGAAGGCCAUCAACGAGGUGCUGAGCUUCAAGCCCAUCAAAUUCAAGCGCCGGAGCCUCGAGGACUCGGACGGCGAGGAGGAGGACGAGGAGGUCGGCGGCGGCGGAGAGGCGGACGAGAGGAAGAGCAGCGUCCGGGCCGGCGGCGGGCCGGACACGGACGAGGGUCUGGGCCGCAGCAUGUCCAGCGUGCGCCGCUCGGCCUCGGGCUCCGCGCUGGACUACGGCCGGCCGUCCAGCACCAUGAGCUCGCGCAGCGGCCGCCACAAGAGCAAGAAGAAGAGCCGCGCGUCCCAGUCGGAGAGCUCGUCCGAGGACGACCACCGGCACCGGCGCGGCGGCGGAGGAGGAGGCUCCUCCCGCAAGAAGGCCAAGAAGUCGUCCCGCAAGAGCUCCAGGAAGAACAAGUCGUCCUCCGAGUCGGAGUCGUCCGACUCGUCCUCCGAGUCCAGCUCGUCCAGCGCCUGUUCCGCCAUCUCGUACCGAAGCUCCAACAGCGUGAAGAAGGGACCCGGCCGCAGGGGCGAGGAGGCGCAUGACGACGGACCGGAUGGCACCGGCCCCGAACGCCCCCUGAGCAAGAAGGAGGAGAAGAAGAAGCAGAAGAAGAUGGACACUAUGGUGAUGAAGUACCUGUACAAGCCAGAGAGCGACUAACGCAACGCUAGACCAGAGCCCCCCGCUGUAUCGCAGGCAUUUUUCUACCCCCCAUGCUGAUGAUGACAUCACGGAGGAGGAACCCCCCAGUGCCGAGCCGUCCCAACAGACCCUCCUCCACGACGGUGACCACGACCCCGACAAGCCCUCAGAGAC